AUACCUCUUAUAGGCCCAACAUUCCCAUCGAAUACAUAUGGAUUGAUUGGCUAAGAAGGUGUCCAAUUUAUUGCUCAUCACGGCCCACGUCGUCCUUUGUGUUUUUUUCAUUCCGCAUUCACAGCGAGGAUCUUCCCCGCCCCCAACGUCCAAUGAGCGGUAGUCCAG